GCGCAGAAUGUCUUUACGACCAUUGCCAGUUGCCGAUAACGGAUCUCGAUGACCAAGCACGAAAGUAGAGGUACUCGUUGUAGGUACGAGUAAAUGGCCUCCAGCUUUGUUCAGUGUUUUCUGGUUGCUCUUGCGCAUUGACUUGGCGGUUGAAUCUCACGAUGCUUCGCAGAAUUGUCGCAACGGCCCCUAGGCGAUUAGCCUCAGCCACUGUCAGAACCUCACAAACCAUGUCCCAGAACCGCUGCCUCUCAAUAUGUGCUCUUCGAGCAAUUUCCCUAAAACCUCUCGAACAUCCAGUAUCUGCCGCCCUACCUUCAGACUCCUUCCAGCUACUUCCCGAAUCACAAAAAGCGGGCGAGGCAGAGGAUGCACUUUACGAACAACAAUUGAAGGAUGUGGAAGCAUGGUGGGCAAGUCCGAGAUAUGAGGGGAUCAAGAGGCCAUAUUCCGCUGCUGAUGUCGUAUCGAAGAGGGGGAGUCAAAUGCAAACAUAUCCAAGCUCUGUAAUGGCGAGGAAAUUGUUCAAUUUGAUCAAGGAGAGAGAAGCAAAUGGAGAGCCAAUUCACACGAGUACGCUGCGUGAUUCUUACUCUCUAUAGCAUAACUAACCAACGAACAGUGGGUGCAAUUGACCCAGUACAAAUGACACAGCAAGCACCAAAUCAAGAAGUCUUAUACAUUUCCGGCUGGGCAUGUUCCUCAGUUCUUACAACCACAAACGAAGUCUCCCCCGAUUUUGGCGAUUACCCAUACAAUACCGUUCCCAAUCAAGUCCAGAGACUUUCCAAAGCACAAUCGAUGCAUGAUAGAAAACAAUGGGAUGCUCGGAGGAAGCUAAGUCCAGAACAGAGGAAAAAAGAACCAUAUACAGACUAUUUGCGCCCAAUUAUUGCAGAUGGUGAUACCGGGCAUGGUGGACUAUCAGCUGUAUUAAAGCUUGCUAAAUUAUUCGCUGAGAACGGAGCCGCUGCUGUACAUUUCGAGGAUCAAAUGCAUGGAGGGAAGAAAUGCGGUCACCUUGCUGGUAAGGCCCUAGUGCCAGUCGGGGAACACAUCAAUCGUCUUGUUGCUGCGAGGUUCCAAUGGGAUGUUAUGGGUUCCGAGAAUUUGGUGAUUGCAAGAACGGAUUCUGAAAGUGGAAAACUACUCAGUAGUGCCAUUGAUGUUCGCGAUCACGAAUUUAUUCUGGGGGUAGCAGAAGAGGGUAUUGCACCCCUAGCCGAAACUCUCCAAGAAAUGGAACGAUCAGGAGCACCCGGUGCAGAAAUUGACGCAUUUGAAGCUGCAUGGGUCAAGAAGACCAAACUUGUGUCUUGCGAUGAAGCGGUCAUCAGUCAAUUAGAAGCCAAUGGUGCCUCCAAGUCGGACAUUGAGAAGUACGUCCAAGCGACCACUGAAAACCGAGACAUGUCAAUACUCAAGCGAAAGCAAUUCGCAUCACAAUUCAUUUCCAAACCCAUCAUCUUCGAUAUCGACAUCCCAAGAACUCGAGAAGGAUUCUAUCAUUACCGAGCUGGUAUGAAGGCCGCCACCAAACGAGCAAUUGAAUACGCACCAUAUGCCGAUCUCCUAUGGGUGGAAACUGGUGAUCCAUCAGUCUCAAAUGCUGCCACGUUUUCAGGAGAAAUCAGAGCGGUGCAUCCUCACAAAGGGCUCGUCUAUAAUCUCUCGCCAUCUUUCAAUUGGAUGAGCCAUGGGUUUACCCCGGAAACUUUGAAAUCCUUCAUCUGGGAUAUCGCUAAGCAUGGAUUUGUCUUGCAACUUAUUUCGCUGGCUGGUUUACAUAGUACGGCGACGAUAUCAAAUGAGUUGAGCAAAGCGUUCAAGGAUGAGGGUAUGCUGGCUUAUGUUAAUUUGGUGCAGAAGAGAGAAAAGGAGUUGGGUGUUGAUGUUUUGACGCAUCAGAAAUGGAGUGGUGCAAGUUAUAUUGAUGGGAUCCUGGGAGCGAUCCAAAGUGGAAGUAGCAGCAGCAAGAGUAUGGGGGAGGGGAAUACCGAGGGCCAGUUUUAAAACUUACGAAUUAUAUAUAAAGGUAUCACGAAAUGAAAAGUAUAUGAGCACAUCCGUACCAAACGCUAUAAUGGCUAAGAUUCGCUAUCCUACCCCAGAACUCUUCCAAAACCCAAUCCAACUCCUCCCAUCCUCUCACGUCCUCACCAACAUCCCCUCGAGCUGCAACAACAACGCCAAAACAUCCCUCCUAAUAUCCCCCUCCAGCUCCUCCAACACCCUCCUCACAUCCUCCCCACCACUCAAAUCGGGAAUCAUCGGAUGCCCCUGCAUCCUAUAAAUCGCCAGCUUCUUCCCACACCGACUCGGCGCCACCGUCAUCUUGGUCACCCACUCAAACGCCCUUAACUGUCUCCUCUGCUGUCCCUUCUCGGCGAAGUAAUCCCCAUUUUGUAGCCUGGGCGCGGCGCCAUAGAUGUCGCGGUAUUUCUGCUCGAGAUCUUGGAAGAUUUCCCAGUCCAUCUUGGUUUUUUGGAUGAGGUGCCCCGGUGUUGUGGUUUUGGGGGGGUGGUGGGUUAGGUGGGUGUGGAGGUUUUUGUGGUAGUGUUUUAGCUUUUCUUUGAUAUCGGGACGGGAGGGACGGGGGGUGUUUUUGAGGCUGAAGUGACGGGUGUUGGUUGUGGUGAGGUGGUGGUGGAAGUGCAGGUUUAGUUGGUAUUUGAAGCGGGCGGUUUCGAGGAGGCCGCCGUUUUGGAGGAGGUUACGGUGGGCUGCGAAGGGGUCUUGGGGUUGUGCUUUGAGUUUUUUUCUUUUGGUGAGUGGUCGCGUGGGGGCGGGGAUUUGGAAGGGAAGUUGGAAACCUGGUCUGGCGAGGGGGAUGUUGGUUGAGGAGUAGAGGGGUGGGAGGGAUUGGUGGGUUGUUGGGAUGCCGUGACAGGUGCAUUGUGGAUUGGUGGAUGGAGUUGAUUGAUUUUGCGAGCAUUGGGGGAAUUGUGGGGGAAUUCUGAUCAUCCUUUUGGGAUUGGGGGUUGUGGUGUGGUGUGGUAAUGAAUGUUGGAAGUUGGUUUAUUUCUGCUGGUGAUGGAUGUUAGUUUGUUUGGGGGGUCAUGUUGAAGACGGGUUGCGGUGACUUUGAUACUGGAAAGGAGCUAGAGUUUCUGAUGAAAAGCUGGCGGGUGAGUUGUGGAAGUGGCGAUGUGAGGGGGUUGGUGGUGUUGACAUGUUUGCGUGGGCGGAAGGAACGUCUCUAUCUCCUAUUGCGGGAAACAGAAUGUUUUAAGAAUUAAUUCCAUG